AACGUGAACACACUUUCUCUAAAGUCGAUCGAAAUGGAUUUGGAUUCUCUUCGUUUGAAAAAUAUUCGUUUAUUAAAGAUCCAAAGAACAAUUAUCUCCAUGAGGGUCACCAGUUGGUCGCUCGUUGCAAGGCCACUGUCAGUUACAACGAAAUCCAAAUUCAAUCAUUUCCUGUAAAGGACGGCAUCAACAGUGAAAGUAAAUUCAAGUCAAAUCAAAAGUCUCUUUUGGACAGUGGCGAACUGAGUGACUUUACUAUCGUUGUUGGCACUACUGAAAUUCCAGUUCAUAAAUGUGUCCUUUCGGCUCACUCUCCGUUUUUCAAAGCUAUGUUCAGUCAUGACUGUACGAAAGAAGCUCAAGAAAAGAAAGUGAUCAUACCUGAUGUGUCGAUUGAUGCUAUGAAGGACUUUCUGCAGUUUAUCUACACCGGUGUGAAACCUCAAAAUGGCAGCUUAUCUCCGGAACUUUUGACUUUGGCUGACAAGUACCAAGUUGGCGAUUUAAAAUAUCUUUGCGCUGAUUACCUCUCAUCAGUUCUCACAAUUGACAAUGUCGCCAACGUUUAUCUCGUUGCCGAUCUGCACAAUGCUUCUGGUCUCAAGGAUAACUGUUUGGCUUUUAUGGCUUCCAAUUUCAGUCAGGUUCUACUGUCCCAAGGAUGGCUUCAGAUAUGCAAAACCGGCGGAGAGAAAAUAACUGAAGUUUGCAGUGUUAUUGGCGAUAUUCUCCGCCCCAAAAAAACCUCUUCUAAAGAUAAUUCAGAAGAAUAUGACUCAGAUGAAGUUCCCGAGUAA